AUGGUUCGAGCCAAUAGCUUGAUGGCAUCUUCAGAGAGUGUGAAGACCCCACAUCGCAUAGAAUUAUGCGAAGAGCAGCCUGUCAGACCUACGCGCAACUAUAGAAAGCGCAGGAUAAUAGCAGCCACCCAGCCAAAGACUGAGAAUGCAGAACUGACCUCAGAACCACCUUUGAAGAUUGAAUUAAAAUCCAAGCCAUUGAAGACUAGCAACGGUAUAACCAACAUGACUAACGGACAUACACUGAGGUCGAGAGCGGCGCGCACUGCCUCCCGUGCGGCUGAAAGCCACAAACUCACAGAGUACUUUAAAGAGGAACUCAAAAGUCCUAAAAUUGAGCCACCUCCAUCACCUCCACCUAUAGAAAAGUCUAUUAAACUUGAAAAAAUAACGAAUGGCAAUAACAAUCAUAAAUUGACAGAAUACUUUCCUGUAAGACGUAGUGUAAGGAAAACUUCGAAAUGUGUGAUGGCUGAGAAGAUGAGGGAUUUGGAAAGAGCUGUAAGAGAACAAAGAGAGGAUGGGUUACAAGUAGCCUAUUUUGACGGUAAAGGCCGCGGUGUCAUCGCUACUCGCCCGUUUGGUCGCGGCCAGUUCGUAGUAGAGUAUUCAGGGGAGUUAGUCGGAGUCCAAGAGGCACGCGAACGAGAACACAAGUAUGCACAAGACCCUGAAGCAGGCUGCUACAUGUACUAUUUCAGACAUGGCGAUCAACAGUAUUGUAUUGACGCGACAGCAGAAUCAGGUCGACUAGGUCGGCUGGUGAACCAUUCGCGCAACGGCAACCUUCUGACAAAGGCGGUAUGGGUGGACGGUCCGCGACUCGUAUUGUUGGCUGCUCACGAUAUCUCACCUGGUGAAGAACUCACGUAUGACUAUGGCGACCGUUCCAAAGAGUCGCUGCAGCAUCAUCCAUGGCUUGCGCUCUGA